AUGCCUGAUAAAAAGGAUCCCCCCAUCGCGAAGGCGGACGGCAACGCAUCCGACUGCGCUAUCGACGAUUCCGACUAUGGCGACGAGUCCUACGUCGAUGCCCAGAAGUCUAUUUCCGACCUCAAAAAGAGACGCGCUUCGGGCCGUCUGAGCCUGUGUGACUUGCCGUUCCGCUGGAGUCCCUUGGUUCUGCCACUUACCGAGUCCAACGUCGACUCUUGCGUCGUUCUCGACGAGGCUGCUUUUCCCGACCCUGAUCACCGCACUGCGCGCGAGAAGUUCGAGUACCGCCUCUCGAAUUGCUCAAACAUCUGCACUGGACUCUUCUGCAGCAUUGUCCCGAGCAAGGCCGAGGGCUUCCCGCUCCCGACUAUCGCAGUCGCCAGUGUCGUUGAGACUGGUCGCGCGGACGAGGCCAAGAUGGUUCUGCUCGGUCACGUCCUCGCGACCCUCGGCAACGGCCCCGUUGUCACCGACGAAGACAUGGCCUAUCCUGAGAACUGGCGCACCCAGAAGUCGUGCAAGGACUCGAGUCUCGGCCACAAGGUCAUGGGCCGCACCCUCUGCCUUCACUCCUUUGCCAUCCUUCCCAAGUUGCAAAAUUGCGGCCUGGGCAGGCUGCUCAUGAAGGCAUACCUGCAGCAGAUCAACGAGUCCGGUAUUGCUGAUCGUAUCGCUCUGAUUUGCCAGGACUGGAUGGUUAGUUACUACCAGCGCUUUGGCUUCAGGUGUCUUGGUCGCAGCAAGACCUCCUUCGCCGGCGGCAAUUGGAAUGACAUGGUCUUUGACCUCUCCGGGCCCCCCAAGAAAUCCAUCGACGCCCUUUUGACGCAAGACGAGUAG